GCGUGACCCAAGAGCCAGUGAGAGCAUCGUUUCCUGCCGUGACGCACAUCACCAGCAUGGCCGGCGUUGGCGGGAACUACUACGAUCGGAUUAGCAGGCUCUCAGAGCGGCUCUCGGGUUUACAACAAGGCUUGGAGCACGAGCGCAACUCGCGCUUCGACCAGCUGAGCCAGCGGAUGUAUGACGUCGACCUGAAGCUCCAGUCGAGCCAGGAGACGCUGCACUCCGACUUAGCCAAUCUCAAGGACCAGCUCAUCAAGUUUCAGCGCGACUUCGAUGAGGAGCGCCUCAGCCGCGAGGCUUUGACUGAGUCCCGGUCCAAAGAGCUUAGCGCAGCCGACCUGCGCUUGCAGCAGGCGCUAGAAGCUGAGCAGCAGGCGCGGCGCGACGCGGAGGCGCAGGUGCUGCGGAGCUUCGACGAGCGCACGGCCGUGCUGCGGGAGGAGCUUGCCCGUGAGGGCCGCUCCAGAGCCGAAGCGGAGGCCGCCCUUCGGCGCUACGUGGACGUAGACAUUCCCAAGCUCUACGAGAGCUUGAGGGAGG